AUGCCUCGUCAACGCUCUGGGACCGCUCCUCCUCGUCGCCCGCAGGUCCCAGCCGCGAAGCAAGCAACCACUGCCCGUGCGCCCGCUCCUUCGCGCCCUCAUUCUACGGCGGCAGCUCCCCCACACGCACCAGCCAGCGCUCAUGCGCCUCCCCAGCAACAGGCGCAAGCUCCCACGCCGCAGGGACCCGGUCUGUUUGGGCAAAUGGCCAGCACUGCUGCCGGUGUCGCAGUAGGUUCCUCUAUCGGCCACGCUGUCGGAGGCUGGUUCGGAGGCGGUUCAUCUGCCCCCGCCGAAGCUUCGCCUCAGAACACCGAGUUCUCUGCCCAGCACCAGCCCGCCGACACCGCAUCCGCCCAAAUGGCGCAGUCCGGUCCUUGCGCAAACGAUGUUCAGACCUUUCGCAAAUGUAUGGAUGAGAACCAAGGUAGUCUGACUAUCUGUGGUUGGUACUUGGACCAGCUCAAGGCGUGUCAAGCGGCGGCUGGCCAGUACUAG